AUGGCAAGCUCUAAUAACAUCAAGGUAGUCUGUCGGUUUCGUCCCGUCAACGCGAUCGAGCAAAGGGAAGGCGGCGACAUCGUUGUUUCUUUCGAUGACAACUUGCAGACCGCGUACCUCAAAUCAGCUGCGGUCAGCUCGGGUCCUGAGAAAGAUGGGUUUACUUUCGACAGGGUGUUCCCUAUGGGCACGACUCAACAUGAAGUGUUUGACUAUGGUGUUAAAGACAUCGUCAAAGACGUUUUGGAUGGUUACAAUGGCACGGUGUUUGCAUACGGUCAAACUGGUAGCGGAAAGACGUUCACAAUGAUGGGCGCCGAUAUCGACUCUGAAGAGCUGAAGGGGAUAAUUCCUCGUAUCACCGAGCAAAUUUUUCGGUCAAUCGUAGAGAGUGACGCUCAUCUGGAAUAUGUCGUGAAAGUGUCCUAUAUGGAAAUCUACCUCGAAAGAAUUCGGGAUUUGCUUGCUCCUCAAAACGACAAUUUGCAAGUCCACGAAGAGAAAUCAAAGGGUGUUUAUGUCAAGAAUCUUUCUGACUACUACGUCAGUAGUGCGACUGAGGUCUAUGAGAUCAUGCGGACAGGAGGCGCUGCUAGGGUUGUUACAUCGACAAACAUGAACGCUGAAUCAUCCCGGUCACAUUCGAUUUUUCUGAUUACGAUUCAACAGCGAAAUACUGAAACGGGGGCCCAAAAGACAGGAAAUCUAUAUCUAGUCGAUCUCGCUGGUUCGGAGAAAGUUGGAAAGACAGGAGCUUCGGGCCAGACAUUAGAAGAGGCCAAAAAGAUCAACAAGUCUUUGUCUGCUCUUGGUAUGGUUAUUAAUGCCCUGACCGAUAGCAAAGCAAAGCACAUUCCAUACCGUGACUCCAAACUCACACGUAUUCUACAAGAAUCUCUCGGGGGAAACUCUCGAACAACACUAAUUAUCAAUUGCUCUCCAUCAUCGUACAACGAAGCUGAGACCCUUUCUACACUUCGAUUUGGUAUUCGCGCGAAAUCCAUUAAGAACUCUGCUCGUGUUAAUGCUGAACUCUCGCCACUGGAGUUGAAAGGUUUGCUUGCGAAGACACAGUUGGCAAAUACAUCAUACCAGAAGUAUAUCGCGGCCUUGGAGGAGGAACUGGCACGAUGGCGUGGUGGGGAGACCGUGGACGAGGCUGAUUGGGUAUUACCCAGUAAAGCCGGAGCUGCUUUGAAGGCAGCUUCGUCGGCAAAGAAGACGCCAACCUCACCUACCCCAUCGACACCUGCAUCAACAUCUCGCAGUAUGACUCCUGUAAAUCCAAACAUCGAAGGUCUCAGAAGCGAGCUCGAGUCACGUCCGGCGACACCAACUGUUAUUGGUUUGGAUAAAGACGAAAGAGAGGAUUUCUUGAAGCGCGAGAAUGAGUUAAGCGAUGCCCUUGCCGAAAGAGAAUCGACACUUGCCGCUGCUGAGAAACUCGUGAAAGAGUUGAGGGAAGAAUUAGCGUUUUUGAAAGAACAGGAGGCUUCAGUUAACAAGGAAAACAAAGCGAUGUCCAGUCAGCUGAACGAACUGAGAUUACAAGUUGAACGAUUAGAUUACGACAACAAGGAGAGUGUCAUCACGGUUGACAUCCUUAAAGAACAGAAUCAAGACGCCAAAGCUGAGUUAGAAGAGCUCAGGAAGCAAAUAGCAGAGUUGAAGUCAGCCCAAAAAGACGCAUCAGCAGAAGAUAAAGAGAAACGCAAGCAAGAGAAGAUGGCCAUGAUGAUGGCCAAAUUCGAUACCCAAGGUGCUUUCUCCGAGAAAGACGAGCAAUUACGCCAGAUUCUCGCCAAACUUGACAACGUUGAUCAGGAAGCUUCCGGCGCGCUGACCGCCGACGAUAUCACAGCCAUUAGAAGACAACUUUCCGAAGGCCAAACCCUCGUUAAAGAAACCGUUGAUCGUCUUCGACAGGUUCAGGAGGAGAAUGAGAUGAUCACUCGCCGAAGGGAUGAAUUAGAGGCGAGAGUGACGUCGUUGGAAACUGACUAUGAGGAAUUGCUGGAAAAAACAAUACAUGACGAAGAGGCCAAUAAUGGCGAUGUAGCCGACAUAAUGUCCGACCUCAAAAAUAAAUUGGAGAUUCAGUAUUCGGCCAAACGUGAUGCGCUAUUGAGCGAAGUGUCUGACCUGAAACAGCAGCUAGAAGUCAGGAACAAUGAAGUUCGAAGCCUUAACGCAUCAAUCGAAAGUCUGAAGAGUGUCAAUGAAGAGCUGAAGCGCGCGUUUGCCGUUACCUCUGCCGGUAUAGAAGGCGGCAAGAAUCUUGCAGAGAGUGCACAAGAUCUCGAAAGAACAAGAAAGGCGAUAAAUGUGCAGCUCGCAGAGUUCGAUGGCGUCAAGAAAUCUCUCAUGCGGGACCUACAAAAUCGUUGUGAAAAGGUUGUGGAGUUAGAAAUUCAAUUGGAUGAGAUGAAGGAGCAGUACAGCAAUGUAAUUCGAAACAGUAACAACAAAGCGCAGCAGAAGAAGAUGGCUUUCCUCGAACGCAAUCUAGAGCAGCUGACAUUGGUCCAAAAACAGCUUGUCGAUCAAAAUUCAUCACUGAAAAAAGAAGCUGGCAUUGCAGAGCGCAAAUUGCUUGCGCGCAACGAGCGAAUUCAAAACUUAGAGACUUUGCUUCAAGAUGCAGAUCGACGACUUUCUGUUCAAAACCAGAAAUUCGAGACGCAGUUGCAAGCAGUCAAAGAGCGGUUGGAUCAAGCUAGGGCCCAGAAAGCUGUCACGUCCUCUACACUGAAUUUCGGCCGCAUAGCAAAACCUUUGCGAGGAGGUGGAGGUGCCAGUAUACCAAGUCCGAUUGUCCCCAUUGGUGGCGGAUCUUCUUCCGCUAACCCUCUCUCUCGGGUUCAGAACGAAGAUGCAGGGUAUCGGGCUUCAUGGUUCUUCAAUUCUCGAUAA